AUGUCGUCUCUCGUCUCCGAUUUCCUCAUCAACCCUGUCCUACGCCAGGCCCGCCGAUUCUCUGAAAUUUCCCGCUCGACCUUUGGAGGCGACGAUAAUGCCGCUGCCGCUGCCGCUGCCGCUGCGCUUCCCGAGGCCAUAAGUGACGCCUCCGAGCCGGAGCACGACGCCCACGACGACGAUGCCGCCGCCGUCCUGCCCUCCAGCCCCAUCGCCGAGCCCUCGAGUCCCGUUACUGGGCCGCCGCGCUCCGAGACUGCUGCUGCCACCCCGUCAACACCUCGCACAUCGACUAGCUCCCCACCACGAGACCACCUGGGCCUCCCUGUGUCCGCGCGCAAGCUGGGCGGGCCCAUCCCCGAAGACGAUGGCAUGAGCGCGCUGCGGACGCGGAUACACCAGAUCAAUGCGCUCGACAUCGGACAGGCUGAAAAGGCAAAGUUUAUCCAUGAUAUUCUGUUGGAGGGCUACCGGGCCGCGCGGCCGCAUCUGGCGCCCACCACCAGCCCUGGUCGGGAUGCAAUAGCCGGCGGGAUAUCGCGCGAGUAUCGGGUGCCCGUGCCCAUGACGCUUGAGUCGUUAAAAUUUUGGCAAAAUCAGGUCGGCGAGACGGCCGCCGCGGAAAAGUUUCUGCUCACCGGCGCCGACCUGGCGCCGACCUACGCCCCUAUCCGACUGCCCAAGAACGCAGACGGCUCUAGGGAUCCGGUCACGCCGCCCGACAUGCUCCCGCCCCUGGGCUGUGCCCACUAUGAGCGCAACGUCAAGCUGCAGUGCUCGACCUGUAAUAGAUGGUACACCUGCCGCUUCUGCCAUGACGCAGCCGAGGACCACAGUCUCGUUAGACACGAGACGAAGCACAUGCUGUGCAUGUUCUGUGGCACGCCUCAAAAGGCAUCUGAAGCCUGCGUCAACUGUGGUGAAACCACGGCGCAGUACUACUGCAACAUUUGCAAGCUCUGGGAGAACCGCAAGAGCAAACCCAUCUACCACUGUGACGACUGUGGUAUCUGCCGCCGUGGCCACGGCCUUGGUAAGGACUUCUUCCACUGCAAGACGUGUCGUGCUUGCAUCACCACCUCCAUCGAGAGCUCCCACAAAUGCAUCGAGCGCUCCACCGACUGCGACUGUCCCAUCUGCGGCGAAUACAUGUUUACGUCGCCCAAGCCCGUCGUCUUCAUGCCAUGCGGUCACAGUAUCCAUAAGAAGUGCUACGACCAGCACAUGAGGGUGUCCUAUAAAUGUCCCAUCUGCAACAAAAGCCUGGCCAACAUGGAAACGCAGUUUCGCAACCUGGAUCUGUCGAUUCAGGCGCAGCCAAUGCCUGCCGAAUUCCGCGACACCAAGGCUGUUGUGCUCUGCAACGACUGUUCUGGAAGAUGUACAGUGCCAUAUCAUUGGCUCGGGCUAAAGUGCCUUAUUUGUCGUUCUUUCAAUACUGUGGAGUUGCAAAUUAUAGGCCGCAACAGUGAGAUUCUCCAAGCGGCCAACGAACGACAAGAAGACCCCCCUGUGGCCCUCGAGGCAACCUCUGCCGCGCAGCCAGUCAACAUCUCUACAGAACGUCCAACAGGCGUGAACCGACGCAGACACUCUUCUAGUCUUCAUGUCGAUUCACAGUAUCCCGUGCCAGACAGGACUGCCAGGUCUCUCUCACCACAAAACAUGAUGCCGGAGCACCACACCCUACCCACUAUCAUGGCUACUGAAGAUGACUCGGACAAUGACAUCCUCGGCAUAUGGGGACGGUCCGGGGGGGAGUCCAGUAGCGAAGAAGGGGAGGAAUACGAGAGCGACAGUGAUGACCUUCCGGAGAUGGAUGACGACGAAGAAGAAGAGGAGGACCCGAACGAGAUUGUCCUCAUCGGCCAUCGAUGA